GGCCACGGUGCCCAAGAAUCCCCCAAACCCUCCUUCCUGUUUGUUCUUCUAUCGCUUUCCCUCGAAUGGAAGCUGCGCCACGCCCUCGGCAGCAGCACCACCACCACCGGCGGCGCCGGCAUCUCUAAAUGCGCCGCCCCCUCGCUGCCGCCGUCCUCCGCCUCCGCCUCCUCUCGCCCUCCUCCCGUCCCCUCGUUCACUCUCCAUCCCCUCUCCACCUCCUCCUCUCCCGCCGCGACGACGACCUCGAGGACCGCCACCCAACCCCUCCGCCUUCCCCAUUCUCGCCUCACCCGCUCAUCAGCUCCCCCUCCGGUGCCGCCGGCCUCCUCGGCCUCCGUGGGUGGCGGACACUCCCCCCCGCAGCUUCACCGCCCAGGGGCACCAUCGCGGACGCGCCUCCUGUCCUGCUCAAUAUCUCCCGCAGUUAUUCUCUGCGUGUCGCCACAAGCAAGAAGAAGCCACUCUUCGACGAUGAGCACAGCCACCGGGCAGUUAACACAGCACUUUGGUGUAACUUUCUUGUCUUCACGCUAAAGUUUGGUGUGUGGUUUUCAACGUCUAGUCAUGUUAUGCUGGCUGAGCUAGUGCAUUCAGUUGCAGACUUUGCUAACCAGGCCCUUCUUGCAUACGGUUUGAGAAGCUCAAGACGUGCUCCAGAUGCUCUACACCCCUAUGGUUAUUCAAAAGAAAGAUUUGUAUGGUCCUUGAUAUCCGCAGUUGGAAUAUUUUGCUUGGGUUCAGGUGCUACUAUUGUGCAUGGAGUUCAAAACUUAUGGAGUUCUGAAUCUCCGGAGAACAUUCAGUAUGCUGCAUUAGUGAUUGGUGGAUCGAUCCUAAUUGAAGGUGCUUCACUUCUUGUUGCUAUAAAGGCUGUUAAGAAAGGUGCAGCAGCAGAAGGAAUGAGUAUCAGGGACUACAUCUGGCGUGGUCAUGAUCCAACUUCGGUUGCUGUUAUGACUGAAGAUGGGGCUGCUGUUACAGGUCUUGCUAUUGCAGCAGCAUCUUUGGUGGCUGUUCAAAUGACAGGAAACCCUAUCUAUGAUCCAAUCGGUUCCAUCAUUGUUGGUAACUUACUUGGAAUGGUUGCGAUUUUUCUCAUUCAGAGGAACAGGCAUGCUUUAAUUGGCAGGGCCAUUGACGAUCAUGAUAUGCAGCGGGUUCUUGAAUUUCUCAAGUCUGAUCCGGUUGUAGAUUCUCUUUAUGAUUGCAAAAGUGAGGUUAUCGGGCCAGGGUUCUUCAGAUUCAAAGCAGAAAUUGAUUUCAAUGGAGUAGUCUUGGUGCAAAAUUAUUUGGAAAGGACUGGGCGUGGAGUAUGGGCAAAACAGUUCCGGGAGGCAUCAUUAAACAAGGACGACGAGGAGUUACGAAGGGUCAUGGCUAACUAUGGUGAGGGUGUCGUGGAUGCUCUGGGAUACGAAGUGGAUCGGCUGGAGUCAGAGAUCCAGAAGAUUGUGCCUGGAAUUAGACAUGUUGACAUCGAGGCACACAACCCGGAAGGGAUUUCUAUUUAGAGCAGCAAUUUUUGUACAGUAUGGAUGCAUUCGGUUGGUUGAUCACACUUUUGCUCUAUGCCAAUCCGAUUAGUAUUAUUUUUUGGCGCCCGGAUAUUCUAUUCCUCGGAAGUUCGGCCAUUGUUUACCCCAUGUAUGAACGAGAUGCUUCCAGAUUGUCUUCGUGAAUGCUCACGUGUGCUUGUAAAAACUCAAUAGUCGACGGCGGUCUGUUACCUCCUCAGUUUGUUUGCAUCUUGUUUUUUGAAUGACUAUUUAUUUUACUUUCUUUGA